GUGUGCAUUAGUAGCUGGCGUUCCAGAGAAUGUAAGGAUGGCCAGGGGGCCUCUGGAUUAAAAUAUUCACUGGGCGAUUACGAGGAUAACUAUAACACCAUACUGGACCCUACUUACUGGCACACACCAGGCAAUUUUAAACACAUCGCCCAUGGGACAAGGUCCUCUUACUUUUUCUUUUACUUUCUCUCACUCUUCCUCUCCCCCUCUCAUUUUACCUCUGCCGGAGUUGUUGGAUCACCUGUUCAGGUGGAUGGCUCAAAAUGCAACCUGAUACAACAAAGCCCUCCUACCACAAAGAAUCACCACCUUUGUAGUAGCGCUACAACCAUCUUCUCCAUAUCUACCAUUAAGCAAUGAGUGAUCAGGAAGAGUCAGGUGCCAUGGCAAUUCCCAUUUGUGGUGCCACAGGGGGCACUCCCACCUCCCCUCCUCCAGACCUAUGUCACAUAUGUGGACCGCAUCUACAGGAGGAGAACCAUGAAUACACCUAUAAGGAAGAGGUAGACGAUGACCUCAUGUGCCACAUUUGCCUUCAGCCAUUAAUCCGACCCCUGGACACACCCUGCGGACACACCUACUGCCAAGAGUGUCUGACAAACUUCCUGCUAGAGAGUGACUUCUGCCCUGUGGACCGCACCCCACUGAUGCUGCAGACCUGCCGUAAGUCCAGUCUGCUGGUCCACAAACUGUUGGACAAACUGAAGGUGUCCUGCCCAUUUAUCGAGCACUGCACUGAAGAGCUUUCCCGUGGAGAACUAGCGGCACACAUCAGGAGCAGGUGUAAAGGAGCAUCCCACUAUGGCCUCUCCGCUGAGAGAAAGCGGCGUUCUCAAGAGGAAGAUUGCACAGACAGCACCUCGGAGCUCACUUUGGCAGCAUUGCCUGGGGAGGGCUGCCCCUCCUCUGCUAUCACCCGCCUAUCAGAUGAGCCUGGCCUGGUUAACCCCGCCUAUGAGCCCAGUGUGGAAGACAACAGCCAGUCGGGGAGCACCACCAGCCUGGCAGCACGCAGUUGUUCAAGGAAGAAUCGUAACUUUGACCGAACAUCGGUGCGCAGUCGGUCUUUUCGCCGCUUGAAUAGAGCGUUCAGUGUCCUGAGGAGGACCAAGAGUGGGACAGCGGUGGCCAAUGAGACCACAGAAGAAAGAGACAACCUUAGAAAUACCAACAUACCACCAGAGGUAUUUGCAUUACCUCAGCUGCAUCAUCUCAUCCCUGAUGGAGAGGUUACCAGUAUUAAGAUCACUAGGGUGGAUCCUAGUGAACCAUUGGCUAUCAGCAUUGUCGGGGGCAACGAGACCCCUCUUGUCCGAAUCCUCAUUCAGGACAUCUACAGAGAGGGUGUCAUUGCUCGUGAUGGAAGACUGCUGCCUGGAGAUAUGAUCCUCAAGGUGAAUGGUAUAGACAUCAGUAAUGUGCCUCACUGUUAUGCCAUGGCAGCUCUUAAGCAGCCCUGCACACUAUUGCGGUUGACUGUUCUGCGGGAGCAGCGCCACCGUUACCGAACCCACCACCACUCCCCCACCGAGGACUUCACCGCCCAUACCACCAGCAUCCGAGAUGACAGCCUACACGUGGUCCUUGUUAAAAGGGCCCUAGAUGAGCAGCUGGGCAUCAAGCUGGUGCGCAGGCCAGAGGAGCAUGGAGUAUUCAUCUUCCAUCUACUAGAAGGGGGGCUAGCUGCCCUUGACGGAAGACUGAUGGUGGAUGACCGUGUGCUGGCCAUCAACGGGCACGACCUGAGAUAUGGUGCCCCUGAGCAUGCCGCACUGCUUAUCCAGGCAAGUGAGGACCGUGUCCACUUCAUUGUGGCCCGUCAGACUCACAUCCCCACUCCAGACAUCUUGCAGGAGGCGCCGUGGAACAUGGAGGGACCACCACCCUACUCACCUGUGGAUAUUGAGCAAUCAUUACUGGACUCAUGCCAGAAGCCUGCAUGUUACGAGAAGACAGUGACUCUGUUGAAGGAGCCGCAUGAUUCACUAGGUAUGACGGUUGCUGGUGGGAUGAGCAGCAGGGGGUGGGACCUGCCCGUUUACAUCACCAAUGUCGAACCCAAUGGAGUGGUGGGACUGGAGGGCUCAAUCCACAAAGGUGACAUCCUGCUGAAUGUGAAUGGGGUUGACCUGACGGGUGUUACUCGGAGCGAGGCUGUGACUAACCUGAAGAACACCUCAUCUCCGGUGGUCCUGCAGGUGCUGGAAAUGAGACCCCCGAAUGAGAGCUCCCAGGACUCUAUGCCCCCACUGCAUUCCCCCUGUGCUCUCUCGCCCUCAUCUCCCGGAGAAAUCAAACUACCCCCGCCUAAUGAUGAUUACGCUCCCCUCUGGGUGUCCUGGCUCCAGCUGCCCAGGCAUCUAUAUGGCUGCAAGGACAUUGUCCUCCGCAGAAGCACGUCUGGCAGCCUGGGUUUCAGUAUUGUGGGUGGACAGGAAGAACUCAACUGUAACCAGUCCUUUUUCAUACGCUCCAUAGUAGAGGGCACGCCAGCCUACAAUGAUGGCAGGAUACGAUGUGGGGAUAUACUGCUGGAGGUGAACGGGACAAGUACCUGGGGAAUGACACACACGGCUCUGGUGCGCCUUCUCAAAGAGCUUAGGGGCCGUAUCACUCUCACCAUCGUUUCAUGGCCUGGAAGCCUGUUAUAGGACAACUCUGCAUGAGGGAGGGGCUUAAAACUCUGACCCUGCACUCUGGGGUGGAGCUUCAAAUACAGACCAUAUAAUGACAACAAAUGGUGGAUUUGAGAAUAAAAGGUUUCCUUGAUAGGCGGGGCUUAUUAAAUGAACUGUCCCAGGAAGCGAGAAAUGACAAAUGGACCUCAACCAGCUAUUAGGAGCUUGCACAGACUCAACAGAUGAAGGCUGAGCUAAUGAUAUGACUCCAGCCCCAAGAGGCAUGUUUAUCAAACAGACUCCAAAAUCAGGAGGCGCUUUCAUGAUUUCCCAAGGCAUAGAGAUGAUAGCUGGCAAUGAGAAAAGUGCAUGACAGGAAAAACCUGUCCAGUGUUUUGUGGAAAGUGGAGCUACUAAAAGGCUGGGAGGGUCUAAAACACAAAAUUAUGGAUAAGAGUUAGAGAAUCACUCUAAAGAUACAUUGAGGAGUGCGUCUGAUAAUAUACGAGUCAGAAAUAGUUGUACAAACAUUAUGGGCACUGUGCUAUAUGUAGUCAUAUUGUGUGACUCUUAUAAUGUUUCUUCAAAGCAGGGAUAGGGGAGAGAAGUUUGUGAGUUGGACGAUAGGUGUGUGGGAUAUAUAGAGUCUGGGUGGAGGACACACAUAUUGCCAAUCCCAUUAGUUUUACAUGUUAGAAAAUGCAUUGAAGUGGAUGCACAUUUCUUUAAUAUAAAUGUUGGUGUCUGUAAAAAGAUAAAGAAACAAACUCAAGCACUUGUUCUGUGACUAAUAUAACUUUGUUUUUUUUCUCUCCGUUCCUAUGGCUUUCAGAUUUCAGCUUCGUUUCGUUCAUUCUGACACAUUUGCCAAGUAGUUCUAAGUUGGUAAGUUUCAGAUGCUGUUGCGAAAGAAAAUAAACUAUAGUGAAUAAUAAUACAAAAGAAUAGCAACUGAAAUAAGAAAAAGCAAUGUUCAUAAUCUAUUUUAAAAAUGGAAGCUAAAUUAUAAAGCUUAUAUCGUGAUAUUUUGGCAGCCUUGCUGAUUUUUUUUAUUUUGUUUUACUUUGAGGAGAAUGUAAAGGAGAAAGUGAAGUAUGAAUGGUGCACUGUGUGUUUAUGAGAGAGAGAGAGAGAGAGAGCGAGAGAGAGAGAGAGAGAGAGAGCGAGAGCGAGAGUGUGUGUGUGUGUCGGUAUCAUUGUGGGCAUCUCAUGCUUUGGCUUGUGCAGUAUACUGUACAUGUUGUUACCUUUGGUUCAAUGAUCAAUAAAGUCAUUCUACAA